AUGGUGGAGAAUGAGAGCAACAUGGACGUUAAAGAGAUAUUAUUGGCAAUGGAAAGAAUGGAGAAGAACCUAGGAGAUAAGAUAAGCACCCUAGAUGGAAAUAUUAAAAUCUUAGAUGGAAAAGUGGAGAGUAUGGGCACUAAGAUUGAGAAAAAUUCCACAUUAAUAUUGGACCUUUCUAAUCAAGUGAACCAACUGACAACAAAGAACAAAGAGCUGGACAAGAUGGUGCAGGAGAUAAAGAAUAAGUCAUUAAAACAAGAGGAAGCCAUGAAAAAAAAUCAGGCGGAUCAAAGAGAUUCAAGGAAAGUCGAAGAGAAAAACAAAGAGGAAACUGAGGAACUGAUGAAGGUUCAGGAAGAGACCCUGAAUGCAAUUGCUGUCCUUGAGAUGAAGCAAAAGGAGAUGUUGUUGCGCUUCUGA